AUGGAAACGAAAGGUUCUUCUGUUCAUGUAUGCAGCAACGCAUGGAAGCUGACGCACCAUGUCACAUGGAAGGAUGAUGGUUUCCCUUUUGUGCUUCACGUUCCUGAACUUGAGUUACGUAUUGAUUUCCCUAUUGCACACUACAAGUGCUGUUGGGCCUGCGCCAUGCUACAUCCCGUGUGGAAAAGGGUGGCGAAAUGCAGUCCAAGACAAGAGUAUGCGAGACAAACAAAUGCAUCGGUAUGCAUCCAUAAACCCACCUUACGAGAAGCAGGCGACGUAUUGUCGGAGCUAUCGUCGUUCACUCUCGCACUUGACAAGCGGCAGAAACAACACUAUCCCAGGAGCAGCGUUAGUAGACUAAGGUUCGUUCACAGUCUGCCAACUAUAAUUCGUUUAGGGAACGGUAUAAAGGGAACCAUCACUGCCACAUUUACGCUUCAACGAUGUGUUGCGGAUGGGAAUAAUUCCUCCACUUUGUUCCCUACAUUUAUUGCCGUUGAGUCAGUCGGUCUCAUAGAUUGUUUUGUGGUUGACGCAAUCCCGAGGUCGAGAAAGGGCCAUGAACGCAACGGGGUGACUUUGUUGCCACUCCAGAACAUAAGCAGUGGCGGUGAAACAGCAACGUACGACGCGCUCAAUAUCCAGCUGCGUUUCGACUGCCUUCCACCGUCGUUUGACAGUUCGCUUACUUCUCACGAGAUACCGUGGGAGCUCCGCGUGUAUGCCGUCUUUUACGAGUCGUUAGAUGCACAGGUACGCCUUGACGACGCGUUCAGGCGGCUCGCUGAAUGGCAUCCAAGUAAAACAAUGGAAGAGCGGUUUGCCGUCGUGAGCCCCGGGGUCGAUCCCUCCAUAUCCAUAAAUAUGGAACUAAGACAUAAGGGGUGGCUGCAUCGUCACAUCAAAGAGGCAUUAAACCAGAUGGACUGCAGAGUAGAAGGUGACAAUGAGGACGCAGGUCAUCCUCCAGCUGAACUUCGACCUAUCGCCACUCUUGAAGGAGCCGACAACGUUGUAGUGGAGACGUGUCCACAGGCAGGCAGUAGUGCUGUUGUAGCUGUGUUACCGAGAGAUACGAAGUGGCCGUUAGUAGUCGCUGUUGAAACAGAAAAAGGGAUGGGGAAACAGUCCCCUCCGAUACCGGGUUCCUCGUCUCUCGAGCGGCUCUCCCGUGAAUUCAUCAAGCUGUGGGAAAGACUUAGUGUUGACGAUUAA